GGUGGGGAUCAUCCAUAUUGCUGCUAGUGCUGGAGAUAAGGGGAUAAUCCAAACAGGCCCUCGGACGCGUUAUUUUAUUUAUUUUUUUUAACUCCUCCGGGACCGAAGCUCGUCUGGUCCCGCGGCUACAGAGGAGCAGCAGACGCCGCCGUUUCUACCUCCACAUUUCUCCAAAAAAUCGUAGUGGAAUCGCAGCCCGGGGGGGGGGGAGAGUAAAGGGAGGACUGGUGAUCCUGAGCGGAGGGGGGGAAAGGAAAGAAAGACGGCGCUGGGGAAAUGGCCACUCAGGUGGAGGCUCUCCUGCCCGGCGGAAACCCUCUGGAGGAGCGAGGCGAGGCGGUGCGAGGAGCCCCGGGGGAGGAGGAGCAGGGGGACGGGGCCGGGGGGAAGGCGAGCCCCGGUAGCGGCUCCGGAGCUCCGGCCGAGGACGACGGCGCUGACAGCGGAGAGAAACUACACGAGGACGAGGUUAAAGGCAAGCCGGGGUUUGCUGAAGCCCCCCCGCCCAAGGUGAACCCCUGGACCAGGAAGAUGAGCGCCGUGACGGUGGUCAGCGUGAACGGACAAGCACACCACGAGUCGAGUGGCCCUGCCAAGGUGGUGAGAGCAGGGAAUCCACCCAAAGCCAGACGCGGAGGAAAGGUGGGAGACUUUGGUGACACCAACAGCUGGCCGACUCCAGGGGAGAUUGCAACUAAAGACAUGCAGAUGGAGGCAGAGACACGGACCGUGUCCUGCCCGCCGACUGUCAGGCAGGUCAGAGACUCAUGGAGAACCAGUGGACCUAAAAGGACGACGGCCAAAAAGGAUUUGAAAGAGCGGAGGGAGAACAACGAGGAGAGCAAGGAGAACCUGAAGGCCAAGUCGGACGAUUCGGGGGAGGAGAAGAACAGCGACGACUCCCAGAAGAACGGACCGAAGAAAAAAGGAAACAAGCAGAAGUGGGUUCCCCUGAUGAUCGAGGUGAAGUCCGAGGGCCCCAGGGAGCGCUCGGCCUCCAGAAACAACAGCAGACAGAACGAGAACCCUCGACUGCCCCCCAAUGCCAGGAACGACCUCAGAGACUGGCACAGUCAGAAGUACGAGCGCGAGUGGCGCGACGACCAUGACGAGGUUUCCAGCGUCAAGAGCGAGGGGGCGCCGUUCCGGGGAGGAUUCAGAGGUCGCGGACGUGGAAGAGGAAGAGGCCGGGGACGAGGCAGGGGCAGAGGCCACUAUGAUUACCACUACAGCUACAAGUCCUACGAUAUGAAGGACGGCUCCUACGGACAGAAGUACAACAGUGCCGUCACCUACUACUACGACAACAUGAGCAGCACGGACAUGUACUCGGUGGACCAGGACCUGCUGAAGGAUUACAUCAAGAGGCAGAUAGAGUACUACUUCAGCCUGGACAACCUGGAGCGAGACUUCUUCCUGAGGAGGAAGAUGGAUCAGGAGGGAUUCCUGCCCAUCGGACUCAUCGCCAGCUUCCACAGAGUCCAGGCCCUGACCACCGACGUCAACAUCAUCAUAGAAGCUUUGAAGGACAGUAAAGAAGUGGAGGUGAUCGACAUGAAGAUCCGUCGGAAGGUGGAUCCGGAGAAGUGGCCUCUGCCGGGCCUGGCCCUUCCCAACCAAACACACACCGACUUCUCCCAGCUCAUCAACUGCCCCGAGUUCAUCCCAAGGCAGAUGAAUGAAGACUUUAAAGACUCGUCGCGCCCCUCCACUCCAGGGCUGCUGCAGACCAAGACUGACCCAGACACCUCCAACCUCAAGACGAUGCCGAAGGGCCUCUCCGCCAGCCUCCCCGACCUGGACUCGGAGUCCUGGAUCGAGGUGAAGAAGAGGCCCAGACCUUCCCCGGUCAGACCUAAGGUCAGUUCAGAGAAGGCUCCUCCAUUGCAGCAGAAGGAAAAGGAAGAUUCUGCUCGGUCCCCGGUCCCCCCACUCGGGUCCUCGCCGUCUCGUGCUACCUCAGGAAAUAAGGACAAGGCAGAGCAAGACGAGCCAGAGGAGCUGGACUUCAUGUUCGACGAGGAGAUGGAGCAGAUGGACGGCCGUCGCAACACCUUCACCGACUGGUCGGACGAGGAGACGGACGGCGAACUCGACGACCAGGACGUUAACAAGAUCCUGAUCGUGACGCAGACGCCGCCUUACCUGAGGAAGCACCCGGGAGGCGACCGCACGGGUCACCACACGUCCCGCUCCAAGCUGACCAACGAGCUGGUCAAGGUGAUCAACGACGGGCUCUUCUACUACGAGCAGGACCUGUGGGACGACACGUGCGAUCCCGAGUACGCCACCAUCAAGCAAGAGGUGGAGAACUUCAAGAAGGUCCACCUGAUCACCCGCGAAGAGUUCGACUGCUUAACCCCUGAACCCCCCGUCGACCCCAACCAGGAGGUUCCCCCCGGCCCCCCGCGGCCCCAGCAGAUCCCCACAGACGCUCUGGCGAACAAACUCUUCGGCGCCCCCGAGCCUUCCUCGAUAGCUCGCUCGCUGCCCACCACCGUGCCUGACUCGCCAAGCUACCGCAGUGCCCGGACGCCGCGCACGCCUCGCACCCCUCACCGGAAGGACGCCACCAUGACGCCGCGCUUCUACCCGGUGGUGAAGGAGGGUCGGCCCGUCGACGCCAAGACUCCCCGGAAGAGGAAGACCCGGCACAGCUCCAACCCGCCCAUGGAGUGCCACGUAGGCUGGGUGAUGGACUCCCGAGAGCACCGCUCCCGCACCACGUCCGUCAGCUCGAACGCCAGCCCAUCGGAGGGCACCCCUGCCCUGGGCAACAUCGGCUGCACCCCCCAGUCCCUCCCCAAAUUCCAGCACCCAUCACACGAGCUGCUCAAGGAGAACGGCUUCACGCAACACGUUUACCACAAGUACCGCCGACGCUGCCUCAACGAGCGGAAGCGGCUGGGAAUCGGCCAGUCCCAGGAAAUGAACACGCUCUUCCGUUUCUGGUCGUUCUUCCUGCGGGAUCAUUUCAACAGAAAGAUGUACGAGGAGUUCAGACAACUGGUGGUAGAAGACGGGAUAGAGGGUUACAGGUAUGGUUUGGAGUGUUUGUUCAGGUACUACAGCUACGGCCUUGAGCGGAAAUUCAGGCCAGACAUCUUUAAGGACUUCCAGGAGGAGACCGUCAAAGACUACGAGGCUGGUCAGCUUUACGGACUGGAGAAGUUCUGGGCCUUCCUCAAGUACUCCAAAGCCAAGACCUUGGAGAUCGACCCUAAGCUGCAGGAGCACCUGAGCAAGUUCAAACGCCUGGAGGAUUUCAGAAUCGACCCGCCUAUGGAGGAAGGACGCCGCAGGAGACACUCGUCCAGCGGGGACGGCCGUCGCCGGCACCCCUCCCUGCCCUCCAGCCGCCCCCACAGCCAGGCCGGCGGAGGCCCCGCCCCCGGCGCCAAGGACGAGGCCAAACCCGUGAGCCUGAAGGCCCCCGGCCCCGCUGCUGACCCCGCACCAGAUGCCAAAACACCCAAGUAGCUCCACAGCUGAACGCCACACGGAUCGGCUCGCCCACGCCUGCAAGUCGCCAGUUCUCACCACCGGAGGAGGAGGAGCCUGCAGCUCUUCACUCAAGCAUGACUUUCCCCCGCCCACUUAUUUUGUUCACUCUUAGCUUGUUUUAUCGAUUACUUUUAAUUUUUUUUAAGAGUUUUUUUAAUUAGGCAGAAAAUGAUGAAGAUUAAAACUUUUUGUUCACCAGUCCAAACAAUGGAUAGUGAAGUUUUUUUGGUCCAAGUUCCCCCCACCCCCGCCUCUCUCGGUCACUGGGACCCUCCUCUUCGAUUGUCACCAUUUUGCUGAUUGAAAGAUAUUAGAUUCCUCACCUAUACUUUAAAUUAAAGAUCUUUUCAGCAUGUGGUGGUCGAUCUAAACUGAGCACCUGGGGAAAAAAAACAAACAAAAAAAACCAACCCUGCUUGCGGCCUGCUGGAGGCCGCGCAGCUUCUGACAUCCAGCCGGACCAAAGUGGUUUGGAGCGAGUGACUGACAUUUCCACCUGCAGGAGUGCUUUCAGUCCCGGGGCUGAAAUUAAGAAUAUUUGAUUUUACUUUACGGCUAGAGAUUGAGGGGGAAAUCAGAAAAAUAACCAAAUGGUUACAAAAAAAAAAGACUUGUUUCAACCCCUCAUAGUGGACAAGAUUAUUGAAAGUUGCCUUAUUUAAUGGUUUUACUGCUUCUAACUUGUGCCCGCCACCUUAUUGUUGAUUGUACAGCAUCAAAGUCACCGUUUAUCUCGUCGCUGUUUUCCAGCAGAGGCCACUAGAGGGAGCUGUCUGCCAAACUGUCCUCCAGACCCCCCUCACCGCUCUCCCUCGUCUUCUCUGAACUGUCUUCCAAGCAACAUGCAGUCUGUUACGACCCCCCUCAUUCUUCCCUGCGUUUGCAACUUUUUUUCUUUUUUUUUUUUGUGCUGAGAGCUGAUGGACGUUUUCCCCCUAACCUCCCAAAAAAAAGAGAGAAAAUACACUUGAGUGGAAGCGAGAAUCCCACGUGAUCUCCUUUUUUUUUCUGCUUGAUUCUUCCUCCACCUCCCCCGUCAGACGACCUGCAUCCAUCCGUUAGACAUCCAUCCAUCAGUCGACGAUCAGCGGCGCUUACAGGACUGGAAUCACCGAUCUGGAUUACUUGAAGAGGCGACGGUUGCGAGGAAAGGCCGACGCUUCCCGAGGCUCGGAGGUCGGAGAUCGCUCGGGCCUCGCCUCGCCGCUUUGCCAUUUCACACAUCAGUUACAGGCAUGAACACUAACGAGUGUGGUCAGGUACAGAUGUAGCAGCGUGACCAAGCUGGACACGGCUGGACGGCUCGCCGUGGACACACCCGGUCAUCCUGCAGUCCGCCGCGUUGAUGAUGAUGAUGAAAGCCGCUCUCCAACUCUAGAACUGAUAUCACAUCCUCCUCUAAUGUAAAUGUGAAUUUGACAGAUGAGAAAUGAUCACAGCUCCCUUCUACGUUUUAUUGUUUAUAGAGAAGAUUAUAUAUUUGCCUUACAUGUGUAUGUACUCUAACUUUUUUCUUUUUUUUUUUUUUUAACCAUUAUCUUUUAAUGCGUUUUUAAUUUCAUUUUAUUCAGCAUUUCUAGUGCUGUUCUGCUGGAGGCGAGGUUUGUUUAAACGUUGAGUUCAGAGAUGGGGAUGAAGUUGACAUAAAAGGGAAAGUUGAUAUCAGGGCUUCAGGAGGAAAAGAAAAUCUUUAAACUUGUUGAAGUGUUUCAUGUUGAAAUUAGGAUUAUUUUUUUUAACCCAUUUACAUGAAAAGAUAUUUUGCCAAGACGUGAGCAACAUUUGCAACUACAAACUGGUAACACACUGAUAAAUGUACCAAAAUCGUCAGCUUCCAACUUUUAUUCAAAUGUUAUUAUGGAGAAAGUGUGAAAAUGUAUAAAAGUUUUUGAAGUUUGGGGUUUAAAAUUGAACGGGAGGUUCAUAAAGUUCCGGAGAAAUUCUUUCGAAAAGUCUUAAACGUGAAGUGAAACGACCUCUUUACAUUCUGCAGUAUUGUAUUUUCUCUUCCCUUUCAAGUGAAAGUGUCUGAAAGUGGAAACCUGGUGUUUUUAGACAAAACUGUGCCUGUAUCUUUCAGUCUGUCCGGUGCUUCACAUCGCCCCGUCUGUUCGUGUUCAUCCCCUAAAUUCAGCGUUGUUUGACAUGAAAAUGCAAAUCCCUUUUUUUUUUUUUUCUUUUUUGUUCCCACUUUUUGAUCCCCUGUUGGCUCCUUCCUGGGAAACGUUUUUGGAGGAUUACAGUCGAUGCAUCAACCUGUUUACCGGGCGGAAACGUAAGCGCUACUAAAUAUUCCCCCCCCAAAAAAAUGCCACUUUUUUUUCCCAAAACCAGUGAAGCCUUUGAGGGAGCAAGCUGGCAUGUGGCCAAGAUGGACCUCUCUCUGCUCGGACAGUCACACGACGCUCCCUCCAAUGGGAUCAUCACCUGUCUGUGGAUAUCUGUCGGGACUCGAGUGAUUUGGGAGUUUAAGGCCUUCUUUAUCAGCGUUGAUUUGCUGCUAGCUGUCCACACAAACUCUAGGGGCGCCGCCUCGCUUCAUCAAGCUUGACAAGGACAGCGGAAGAAGGACGAGGCGCACGGAAAAGAGUGAUGGAGCUUUGAUGUUGCUCAGAGGAAUAUGGCUGUCUAUGAUGUCUGGAGACUGAUAAAAAAGACAAAAAAAAUUAUAAAAAACACCAACAAAAAAAGACAAAUUCCAUAAAGCCAUAUGAAUAAGAAAUAACUGUAUAUGAACCAUUAAACUAGUUCAUUACAAUAUCCUUAGGCUUAUCAUGAGCAAAAAAAAAAAAAGAAAAUGAGGAAAAAAAGGAACAAAAAAUAUAUAAAAUGGAAAAAAUGUAAAAUACUUGAAUGAGAUCUUGUAUUAUAACAUUUAAUAUUCAUAAUAUCUUGCUUUGUAGGCUGAUGUGAUUCGCUAUUAGUGUUAUUUGUAAUUUGUAGUAAUUAUUCUUUUCCUUUAAUAAAGAAAAAAAAAACACAAAAUGGACAAA